AGUUUAUAAAUCGUGACAUCACCCAGCCCUGCAGAAACCUCGUUUCAGGCUCUCGGUUUGGCCCAGUCUCGGCGGCAGCUGGAAGAUGUAUUUUCAUUAAUCCGCUGCGGUUUUCUUUGCUCGCUCUGCUUCAGCUCUCUGAGCCCGACGUUUGCUGGGACCAACGGACAGAGCGCGAGGCGUACCGAGUUUCGCGGGUUUAGCGUUUAGCGGAGCCGCGAGGGACCGAGCCGAGUUAAAAACCCCGCGUUGUCUUCCAGCUCGCCGGUUGGGGUUUUGUCUGGUGUUGGGAGGAGAGAGAAAACGCCAGAAGACCGGAGGAAAGGAGCGUGUUUAUCCGACGAUAAAUUGGCCCAUCAUCCCACCCUGGCUUUAGUGCAUAUAGCACUUAAUCCAGUGAGCAUCUACCACAACCUACAAAAACUCGCCAGGCAGCGGUGGACAUGAAACCUGAUGGGGUUUCCACAACGCCGCCAGAGCCAACGGAAGCCCUUGGUGCAUCUGCGGUAGCUGAGGAUGUAGCCGGUGAAGAGCAACCCCAAGAGGAGCAGAAUCAAUCACCUCCACAGCCUGAGGAGCUGGAAAAUGUACAAAAAGUAGCAGACUCUACAGCGCCCCCUCCUGAAAAGGAGGCAAAUGGCAAGACAUCAGGCCCUAAAAAUGGGACCAAAGCCCCAGUCAAAACCAAGUUUGGUACAACAGCACCAAAAACGUCGAGUGCAGUCUCGCGACCGGCUCCAGCUCAGAGUCGAGUAGCCAACGGCGUCUCGAGGCCUGCCACAAACGGUGCAGCCAAGAAACCUGCAAAUGCACCUGUAGCAGCAGGCGUGAAGAAACCCACCUCCACAGGAGCAGCUGCCCAAGUGAAAAAAGGCCCUACUGCUGCCACUGCAGCUCCGAGGACCCAGACUAAGGUAGCCGAAAGAAAGCCUGUUGGUACUGCCAGACCAGCAGUGGCCUCCACAAGCAGUGGCACGAAACCAGUAGCGGCAAAUGCAGCAACAGCACUGAACAAAAGGCCUGCUGCAGCAGCCAAUAAUGCUGCACCCAAGCCCAAGACCACAGCACCAAGGCCAGCAACUGCACCUGCUUCCAAACCAGCUGUUUCAGCUGCUUCCAAAGCGGCCCCUGUUCCCAAGACCAGGCCUACCACAGCAGCUGCCUCUCAUACAACCACUUCCACAGCCUCAGUAAGACCAACCACCACCACUACAAAACCUUCAGCCUCCAGAACUGCCUCAGCCCCCUCUACUGCACGUUCUGCAUCAUUGCAGUCCUCUAAGACCACAACUACAACUGUGGCUGCAGCCAAAAAAGAUGCUGGGCAAACUUCCACCAAGGCACCGGUCAGAAAACCGAUGGCCACCAAGACUACAACCAGUGCCCCAUCUGCUUCUGCAAAGCCUUCAAAAUCUGAACCCCCAAAACCAGCUACAGCUGCCAAACGUCCACCCGUAGAUACCAAAACAACUCGACCAAAAACGGAUGACAGUAAGCCUGUACCGACACGAAAGGUCCCUCCAAGUCCCAGAAACAAGUUGGCUUCAGCUUCCAACAUCAAGCAAGCAGGUAGUAGUACUCCAGUUGCUGUGAAGCGGCAAGCAACCAAACCGACACAGUCCGUCUCACCUAUGGUCAUCAAGGGAAAGCCUUCAGAAAAAGAACAAGCAAAAGACCCUGUGGAACCAUCAGCUGCUGUGGCCACUGUCUCUCCAACGACAGACGUACCUGCUGCAGCAUCCAUUCCUGGAGUGGACACUAAUUCUGCAUUACAGGUAGAAGAACAGCUCAAUCAAGAGACCAGUGUCCCUGUGGAAGUUCAGAACAAUGAAGUUGCUCAAGUGCCUUCCUCAGAACCUUCAGACAUGGAGAAUGUUCCUGUCAUGGAGCCAGUAAACGUUGAGUCAUUAGCUGUAGAACUAGAAGCUGAAGCUCCUAUUGAAGAGUCUGGACCUCCAUCAGUCCCAGUUGAACAUGAAUCAAACGAUUACAUUUUAGUUGAGACUCCAGCACUGCAAGAAGGGACACUGCAAGAACCUAUACCUAUUCCACCAUUAGAAGUCUCGGUUGCUGCCGCAGUGAUCCCUAAAACUGUGGAGGCAGUUGAGAAAGCAGAGCAGAUACUCCACAAUGAUGCAGAAGAAGAGGAAGAAGAGAGGGAGGGCAGUCAGCAGGUAUCCAUUUCUGACAUGAGUGGUACACAGCCUACUGAGGAAUCCCGACCUGGUUCCGCUGGUCUGGCUGGCUCAGUAUGGCGGGCAGGAGGUCUGCUCUCAGAACUUGACUCUGAGGAUGUAAGUUGCAGCCAACAGGGCGCAUCAGAGCUUAGUGCUCCCGGUGUCCUUGAAGGCACUGAAAGUAUGGAUGAUCUGGGGGAGGCUAGCCUGAAAGGUGCUGAUGGUGAGGGUGCAUCUGCUGGAUCUCCAGACUUUGAGAAAGUCCCGGACAUUCCUGUGAACGAAGAUGCUAAUGAAGAUGAGGAAGAUGAUGACGACGACCGUGUCUGUGAUAUGGAUGUAGGGUCUGAAAGAGCAGAAGACUCUCACAGGCAGUGUCACGACAAUGAGGACGAGGAGGAGGAUGAAGAUGUGGAAAUGGCCAGUGAGGGCAUUACUGAGAGUGGGCUUGAAAGUUAUGGAAAUGCAGAUGAAGACGACUUUGCAGAAGACUACAGAUUGGACAACUUAAACCGGAUGCAGCCUCAUCCCAUUGUUCCUUCUGCACCUCCUGCAGCGCAGUGGGACCAGACAAAUCCCUUUGCUGAUCCUUGGGUCCAGCCAAGACAACAAGACUCCACUUUUCCCUCCAGUCCUUCUUCAAGCCCCAGGCAAGCAAACUUAGAAACCCUAGCCCAAGCUUCUCAUCAAGCUUGGCUGGAUCUUGAACAUGCCAAAGGAGGCCCUACAAGUCAUGUCCAACCUCUGAUUGAGCCUGUUCCAAGCUCACCUCAACUUGCACCAGUGCCUUCUGCAGAGAAAGAUGCUAGCUUCAGUACAGACUUGGGCUCUCGGACCCAAGGGAUGUCCGGGCCGAAUGCCGCAAGUGGCCUAGAACAAGAUGCACACAGCUGCAGUGACACAAGCACUCCUGAGGAGCAAAAAGAAUACAAUAUAAUCUCUGGAGUGGAUAACCUCCAGCAGCAGGUAGCAGCACCGGCCAGUUCUGUUCCUGCUGUUCUUCCAGACAUCAUGCAAGAUCUGGGCAUCCAACUUGAGCAUGGUGAUGAGGAGGAAGAACCUGAGACUUUGCCUGCUGACGAUAUCUUGGGUGGACCUGCAACUGCACCAACAUCUGUGCCAUCGUCCCCCUCUUCAGCCACAGAGGAUGAGGCUAGCGACACGGAAGGCGAGAUGCAGAUCAGUGAGCCCAGUAUGGAACCUGUUGCCACUGGUAAUGAAUGCUUUGGCAGUGCGCAAGUUGCCCACAGUUUGUCUACCCUGGAGGAGCGUGAGGAAGCCAGCGCAGAGGCAGAAGGAGGUGGUGGUGGUGACACUCCUCAGUCUGCCACCUCAGCUGCAUCCUAUGGCUUUGACUGCACCACUACAUCCAACUCCAAUGCCCAGUCUACCACAGAGAGUUGCGCCAAAAGCCCGGGUAUCUUCUCCCUAGAGAAUGAAGACCAGCUUCCAGAUGAAGCCAAAGAUCCAUUGUUGAUCAAGGAGCUGAUUCUCACGCCAGCCUGCGCUCCUGGAGAUGUCGACAAGCUUCACGCUGAGCAGCAAGAAAUUGCACCGCCUAACUUGGAGCAACAGUACAUGCACUGUGUGAAGGCCAAUGAGGAACUGCCAGGACCUUGCUCACCAAGUGGCACUGAGCCCACUGAGGGAGGCUUGGUUAACCCUUCCUCACAGCACCAAGACGGCGACUGGGAUCUUGACGCUCAACAUCCCUACUACUCCACUAUAUGUGAAAAGACUGAUGGCUCCUUGGCAGGAAUAAACGUUCAUUCCCUCCAUCAACCACACGAAGUCCUCACCAUCCACAUGACCAUGUCGCCCAAACGCCGUCCCAGAGCUCCUGUGGAUCAUGUCACCAACCCACCACGUCUGCCUACUGACCUUCCUCCAAGAAUACCAAGUAUGGGACCCAAUGCCCAGCUCCAACGGCUGGAGCGUCACCAGCAGCAGCUCAGGCAGAUUGAACAGCGUCGUGAACAACAGAACCAGUGGUCUGAGAGUCGAGAGCAACAAAGAGAAAGGGAGCAGAACGGAGAUGACCAUAAAUGUGAUGAAGAUGAAAAUGAAGAGAGAGCAAGGAAACAGGCAGAAGAAAAACUUGAAGAAAAGAAGAAGAGGGAGGUGAAAGAGAAGGAGUUGGAGGACCAGAGGAGGGACUUGCUUCAGCUCCAGAUUCAGCAGCAGCAGCAGGAACUGAAGCAGAGGCAGCAGAUCAUGCAAUGGCAGCAAGAGCUGGAACAACAAAACAAGAUAAGCAACCAAAAUAAGCAAAGUAAGACUGUGACAAAUGUUCUCCUUUCCCCUUCUGGGCUUUGCACUAUCUAUGAAGCACUGGAGACCAGCGAUGCUGAAGAUGACGUCAAAGAUGAAAAUGAAGAAAAUGAAAUGACAGAAAAAAAGACUGGAUGUGAAGAGUCCCGACAGUUAUGUAGCAAGCCCGAGAGAGACCGUAGUCCUUCAAAAGACAAUACCGCCUUUUCCCAAGCACAAAGCACAUGUUCUCCAGAACUCAUCCAGGACCAAGAAGUGGGGCUGACUGACCCUGCUGCUCCAGACAGCCCUCUUACUUGUUCUGAACAGCUCUCUCCUGUGGAGCUGGACUGGGGCAAGAAAGUGGACAUUGUCCAGCAGCUCAUAAACCAGACAUUGCUACUGGCUGGAGACAGCUGCUCCCCACUGUAUCUUCUGCCUGGUGGGUCAGCUGGGACACUGAGUCCCCUGGAGACCAGCCUAUGGCCCAACCUCUUGCCCUCACUUGCUCAACCUUCUGCCACGGUCACUUCUGUGAGCAGCUUCUCACCCGAGGCUUCUGGCAGCUCUCCUCAAGGGGAAUGGACAGUAGUUGAGCUGGAGACUCACCAUUAGGGUUUGCUUUUAGCAGGAAGGACAGAAAAGGUGAUGCUGAGCGAUUCUGGAGAUGGUUGGUCUGGGUAGUCUUCUCCAACAACUUUAUUUUGAAAUUCAGAUUUUGUUGAUUUGUUUGAGCAGUGGUCUCCAGGGCUCCUUCUGGAAGGCAAGCUUCCUGCUCGUUUUAACUUCAUCCAACCCAAAUUGAACACAACACAUUCAGCCAAUAAAGAACUCCUUAAGGAGGACUCUGGGUGGUCUAGCAGACAAUUCAGGAUCUUGGAUGCUAUUAUCCAAGAAUCUCUGGUUUGAAUGCUGCUUGCUUUGCUAUCUGGAGCCUUAAAGAGCACAAGAUUGACCUUGCUGUUUCUGGGUGGGUUCAUGGCGCUCUCUCCCCUAUUACUCCUAAUGUAAGGUCUGGCAGCACAGGUGUCUGUCAGCUGAUUUAUUGUGCCUGAGUUGCUGUGCUUUCCUCAAUGUACUUGGCUACCCAGUGACUUAUCAUCAGCGGCACCUGUAAAAGGUGGUGGCUGACUUCAUGUAUCAGAAGAGGCAUGUGCUUGUCUUCACCCUCCUUGUGACAGGAAAGGGCAAAGGAAUGGGUGUUGUGGUAAUUGGCCUUACAAAGUGGGGAGAGAAGGGAUAAAAUUAGAUACAAUUAUUUGAAAAAAAAAAAAUUCUAAAGCUAAUAUGACUUGGAUAAUGUGGGAUAGAUUUGGGUUGGGUGCAAAGUCUGCAGGACGCUAGCUCUCCUGCAGGAUCAGGGUUGAAGACCACUGGGGUAGACGGUUUGAAUAAAGUUCUUAAGUGUCUCAAGGCAUGCUUACUACUACGUUUUAAGGAUGGUUAAGACUCUUUGUCUGAGGUAAAAUCUGUCCAAUGUUUCUUUUAUUUCGCUUUUUUUUUCUUUUCCCUGACUUGUGCCAAGUCCGUUUAUCUGACAACCACUUCUACAGUCUCGUUUACAGUGAUUCAUGCUAUAAUUCCCUUUUGUAGAGACCCUCAUCACCCCCUCUUUCUAUCAGUUAUCACAUUUAAGUGCUACUGGACACCAAGCAAUUUACUGCACCUGACUCCCUGUCUCCAAUACACUGUACAUUAUAGUGAGUCAUACAAAAGCCAGUACACUUCCUCAGCUCUGCCAGAUGGCUUAGCCAUUUCACACCAUCCCUCAGAGCCAAAAGGCUAUUUGCUUAAUCAGGUGUAUUGAACGUCUGGCAAUGUUUCAUUUGGCAUAUUUAUAUUUCACUUGCUGCUUAAAGUGGGGAAGUUAGAUCAGCAAAUGGUUCUAUGCUGAAAUAAACCAUAUGUUAAAAUGUUUGUGGACACUAGGGGUGGGCAAUAUGGCCCUAAAAUUAUAUCACAAUAUUUAAUGGUAUUUUUGCGAUAAGACAAAACACUGAAUAAAAAAUAUAUAUUUCCAGAAUAUACUACUGCAACAAAAUUUUAAAUAAAAUUGUAGUAUUGCAUACAAUAUGAUAUGGCACACCUCUAACUGAGAUGUAAAAAAAUACAAGAAUUUUCAUCAGAUUGUAACAAGUCAACGAUCCAGAAUGUUAUGAUACUAAUAAUACACUAUCUCAAUAUCUCCAUAUAUCCAGGAUUAAAGUAAAAUGAAUGAUAAUGCACAGAUAUAAUCUGUCUCUAGUAGAUAUAUCAUGGGUAAUAAGUGAAGUGUGAAUUUUUCUUUUUCUAAAAACAGUAAAGAAAAAUAAAAUAAAAGUAGUAACCUGAUGUGAUGAUUAUGGGUGGGUGAUAUGGCAUGAUAUUUUGGGGUAUAAUAUCAUUCACAAUAUUAAAAAAUGUUGGCGAUAUUAUUGCGUACGAUACAAUAUGGAACACCCCUAGUGGACACUCCUUCAAGUGAAUGCAUUCAGCUACCUUAAAUUUCGCCAUUUGCUGGCUAUUUCAUGUAUGACAAAUAGUAUAGAAUCCUCUGGAGCAGAUACCCAAUAACCUAUUGGCACAAUGCUUAAUGCAAGGUGUAAUUUAAAGGCAUGAAGCUCCAACAUCGAGCUGUGGAGCAGAAGGAAUGACACUCACCAAUCCAGUACUUUUUUGAUGAGUGGGGGAGUUGGGGAUGAAGGGGUGAGUGAGCAGGUCCUAAUACAUUUGCCCAUUUUGAUAUUGGACCUCAUUUUACAGUGUGUAGAUGGAGAAGUUUUUUUUUGUGUGUGUUCUGUGGGGUUUUCAAAACACCUUAAGAUUAUGGUCUCGCUUUCAUGUUUUCUGUUGACCAAUGUUUUUUGUUCUCUUCUGAGAUUUUUCUCACUUUUUUAAACUUAAGCACUGCAACUCUCAUUUGUCAUUGAUGUUAACUGCAAUUAGGAUUAGCUUAAAAUGAGCUUGAAGCUAAAUAUAUGAAGGAAGGAAUGAUCUGAAAUGUUUUAGACUCAAGGUUAUCUACUGUAUACUGGCAUUAUUUGUACUGUAGCAAUAUGUUAGACAUGAUGUAGCAUAUUAAAACAUACAGAGGGAGUAUGUAUAAUUUUGAUUUAUUUUUAAGACUUGUUUACCUUUUCCUGCUUUAAUAGUUUUUUUUUUAUGGUGAGCCCAGUCUAGGUAGGACAGUUGUUUUUUCCCCCCCCCCUCAGUUCUGGUCCUAGAGGAAUCCUGCACAUUUAGGGUUGCUCUGUACUAUGCCUAAGCUUGAGUGUCCUUCCUCUUCUAGCCUGCACUCUAAGUUUGCUUAUACAGCUCAGGGAAAAAAAUAGAGACCAAUUCAGUUUCUAAAUUGCUUUCAAAUUCCAAAUAAAAAUGCAGAAAAUGAGAAAUGGUUGAAAUAACAAAAAAGACCUCAAAUAAUGCAAAGAAGAAAAGUUUUAAGAGUUCAGAAAUCAAUAUUUGGUGGAAUAACCCUGGUUUUUAAUCACAGCUUUCAUGCAUCUUGGUGUUUUCUCCUCCACCUGUCUUUUGUUCUCUUAUUUUUUCCAGAUAUGUAUUUCCAGACCUGAGCACCCUCACAACAUUGUACUAUUUUAUAAUUCUAAAUAAUGGUAUAUUUAAUAUUUGAUGAUAAAAUGUGUUUUAACAGGCCCCUGUUCAAAAUGCAUGUAACUCCAUUAGAAAAAUACCGUUGAUACUUGUGACUUAAUAUUUUUGGUUUCAUUUUAUUAAUAAUGAUCAGAUGAAUACUGCUUCCACUUCUACUAAUUAGCCCUUAAUAAUCCCUUAUGCAACUGUUUGUAUUUGCAAAGUUCUGUAGUGUGCAUUUAGCUGAAGCUUUUUUUCUUUAAUACUGGAAUACUCUCUUUCAUGUUUUAUUGUUUAAAUUUUAAUUUUCCUCCUUUUACAUGCUUAUCCUGUGGCUUUCUCAUAGAUUUUAUUCUGUUAAAUGCGCUGCGUUAAUAAUCACUUUUAGUGCGUGCUCUGCUUUAACACACCUCUGCAUAUAUAUAUAUAAUAUUGGGCAGGGUACCACAAAGACCAGAGGGAGAAAUGCUGAAUUGGAAUCCAAAACAAUUAUCAUAUUAAUACUUAUUUAAGAAAAAAAGGAAACUAAACAUUAAUUUAUUGAAAUGAAUGAUCAGCGAAACUGUAGCUUACACUGCAAAAAAUAUAGAAGUAAGUAAAUACUUGGUGCUCUCCAUAUAUUUUUUGGGUGAUUGCUAUCACUGUGGUAAUGGCUAUUUCUUCAUAAGCACAACUAAGUGCCACCAUAUAUUUUCCAUUUUCAUAACCAUGAAAAGGCUGUUCAUAUGCACUGAUAUCAAGCUAAAUUAGUAGACAGCACUGCCACGAAAAGCCAUAUCGUAUCUUUUGUUGUGCCUCAUAAAGUUCCUGAAAGCAGGACUGCAAUUUCUUUUUCUUUUUUUUCCUUUUUUUUGCUUGUUUGAAUGAGUUCUGCCAUCAGAUGAACACUGUCUCACACUGUGACUGACAUGAAAUCUACAUGUCAAAUCCCUUUAUUAUAAAAAUAUCUUGUCUUGUGGUUAUUUGUAUCAUACUUUGAUAUAUAUCUGUAUAUAUUGUGGAUUUUUGUUUUCAUGUUUUUGAAAUGUACAUUUACGAUGCUGUAGAUGGGCACAACUGCACAAAAAAAUGUGAUCUCUAGCUCCAUCAGUGUUAUGUGCUGUGUGAAGGUACUGUAUGUAUUUGAAAUUUUUAUUGUUUUAAAAUGAACCAUAUAUAGGUAUUUAAAUACGUAGAGUUGGGUAAGAAUAUGGUAAGACUGGUUCGUCCUGUUUUAUCCAUAUUUAUAGGAAGAUUAAAUGGGCCAUAAAUGGUGUGUAGAUGCACAUAAGUAGAUUAUUUAAUUUGAAGUGUGUAUAGUUGUUUAUUUUAAGGCAUUCUAGAUGUUUUAGAUAUUUGCUUUUAGUUUUCUUUAAUUGACUUUUUUUUUUUUUAAGUCAUUGUACACUGCAAUCAGGGAAUUGAACAUUUCCAGGUUUCUUCAGACCAACACUGUUAGAUCUCUAUCGAUUGUCUAUUUUUUUUGGAUAGUUAUAUAUACAUAUACAUUUCAGAAUAUUACACUAAAAGCAAAGCUGGUAAAACUGCCUUUUAUCUUUUUACCACACAUUAAAUCUGUGAUCAAACUAAUUCUGCACAACAAAAGGAAGUGUAGUUUAUCUCCAACAUGUAUGUGUGUAUUUUUGUAAUUUAUUUUAAAAUGAAGGGAGGUAUUAUUUUUGUAUUUGGUUCCAUUUGUAAAAGUGGGCAUCGAUCCAUGGCAGCUCAUUUUAAUCAGAAGUUUUUCAGAAUUUGUAAGAGGGAUGAUGUUUUUUGUUUCAAAUAUGAAAUAAAUGG